CUGCGGCCCGGCCAAUGGCAGGCGCCGAGCAGAGCCCGCCCCGCGGAAGCAGCGGUCCGGCGGUUCGUCCCUCGAGGCAGGAACCCUGCGCUGUGUGCUCCCGGGGUUGAGCCCAGAGGCCUGGGAGCCGUGCGGAGUGGUCGGGACGGGGACGGGGCCGUGGCCGCCCGGGCGCUCCGCGAGAUGAGGAUUCUCCUGAGAUUCCUCCUGCUCCUGCCCCUGCUCCUCAUCUGCUGCUUAGAGUCUCUCAUCAAGCUUUUCAUCCCUAAGAAGAAAAAGUCAGUCGCCGGAGAAAUCGUCCUCGUCACUGGAGCCGGACAUGGAAUCGGGAGACUCACUGCCUACGAAUUUGCCAAACGCAAAAGCAGACUGGUUCUCUGGGAUAUCAAUAAGCAUGGCAUUGAGGAAACAGCUGCCGAAUGCAGGAAGCUGGGUGCCCAGGCUCAUGCCUUCGUGGUAGACUGCAGUAACCGGGAAGAUAUCUACAGCUCUGCCAAGAAGGUGAAAGCAGAAAUUGGAGAUGUGAGUAUUUUAGUGAACAAUGCUGGUGUGGUCUACACGUCGGACUUGUUUGCUACCCAAGAUCCUCAGAUUGAAAAGACUUUUGAAGUCAACGUACUUGCACAUUUUUGGACCACGAAGGCAUUCCUCCCCGCGAUGAUGAGGAAUAAUCACGGCCAUGUGGUCACCGUGGCAUCCGCGGCCGGGCACACGGUGGUCCCCUUCCUGCUGGCUUACUGCUCCAGCAAGUUUGCUGCUGUUGGAUUUCACAGAGCUUUGACCGAAGAACUGGCUGCCUUAGAAAGAACUGGAGUCAAAACAACUUGUCUCUGCCCGAAUUUCAUCAACACUGGCUUCAUUAAAAACCCAACCACCAACUUGGGAUCUAUCCUGGAGCCUGAGAAAGUGGUCGACAAGCUGAUGAAUGGCAUCUUGACUGAACAGAAGAUGAUUUUCGUCCCAUCUAUUAUCCACUUCUUAACCUUGAUGGAAAGGAUCCUUCCUGAGCGUUUCCUGGCACUUGUAAGACAAAGGAUCCAAAUUAAGUUUGAUGCAGUUAUUGGAUAUAAAGAUAAAGCACAGUAACUAUCAGGUUUUCUUGAAAAUUGAUUAUCAAGUUUAAAUUGAUUCCAUUAAAUAUUGAUCAGAAUUUUAAUAUUUUUACCUUUGUUUUUCCUAAUUAUUCUUCUUGGAUCCCUGAGAGCACUCAUUUAUUACCACUUAUUAUUCAAUGUAAAACUAAAUUCCUGUAAUACAAACAAAUACCUUAGAAGUUGUUCUUUAUGAAUAAAAAGAACAAUUUCACAGCAAUAAUUCCCCAGAUUUUAUGACUCAUCUAAAGGUUUGCAAAUUUUAUACUAUACAUGUUUACUUGAAGAUAUGUUUUUUUAAUGGUUCUAAAACUGUAUGUAAUUCGUACCUUAUUUUAUACUGUUUAAAAUCAGAAGCUUCAAGUUAUUUAAAUAUAACAGAGGACUGUACCGAGCAUUGAGUGUUCACAGUGAGUUUCUCGAUUCUCAAACUUCUCCUCCUGCACGGUGGCACUGUUUCCUGAGAAGCAUCUGGUUUGCUAAUGCCCAGCAUUUCGGACAAGGAGACAGGAGAUGGGUACAUGUUGCAAGCGUAAAAGAUGUUCCAGGCAUCAGAAGCUGAGAACUGGAGGAAUGUACUUACGAUGGCAAAGAUAAUAAAUGGACCAAUCUUAAACUUA